AAAAGUGUGUGAGGCUGAGCAAUUUUAGGAGAGUUUGCAGGGAUCGAGCUGUCAUAGAUAAAAGGGGGGCAGGCACUCCAAAUGAGCUGGCCAUGCGAUGUCAGACGGACAUAUUAUAGCACUUCGGACUCCUGCUACUACCUACAAGAUGCCGGCAUUUUAAGAACAUAGCCCUCCAAUUUAUCACGCGUAACUGUAAUUAUUUCAAUUUAAUUUAAAGUGGUUACACUUUGGUUGUAACUGGAUACAAAUACUGAGCAGCAAGUGGAAUUUGGUGCGAGCGGCAGACGCUUUGGCCGAUCUGGUCUCAGGCAUGGAAGACCCGAAAGAGCCGAACGGGCGAGAUGCGAGCGAAGGGGAAAGCGUCUCUCUUUCCCCGAAUCUCCCGUCUCCGCCGGCCGUACCUCACCAAGCGGCGCAGCAAAGUCACAGAACCACCAACUUUUUCAUCGAUAACAUUCUUCGGCCAGAUUUCGGUUGUAAAAAGGAGUUCGCGGGCAGGGAGAGAGCUCACACAUCGGACAGAGAAAACGUCAAUCCAUUGAUAAUCAGGCCAUCCCUCCCCGCCACUUUGUGCCAGGAUUCAAACUGCAGCAAUGACAGCACUUCGUCGUCUUCCUUGUCGUCUUUGCCGCCCUCCAAGCAGAACUCGUCAACACGAGGGGAAGGAAAUGGAUCUAAUUCUAUAAAAUGUGGCGAGAACACCGCGUCAAUAAUGGUUGUGAAUGCGGAUAAUGGAAGAACUGCCCCCGUUACAGACCCCCAGCCGCUGCUAUGGCCUGCCUGGGUUUACUGCACGAGAUAUUCGGACAGACCGUCAUCUGGCCCAAGGACGCGCAAGUUAAAAAAGAAGAAAAGCACCAAGGAAGACAAGCGACCCAGAACCGCUUUCACAGCGGAACAGCUGCAGAGACUUAAAGCCGAGUUUCAGGCCAAUCGCUACAUCACGGAGCAAAGAAGACAGUCACUGGCCCAGGAACUGAGCCUUAACGAGUCACAAAUCAAAAUCUGGUUCCAGAAUAAGAGGGCAAAAAUUAAAAAAGCCAGCGGUUAUAAGAACGGUCUAGCCCUGCAGCUGAUGGCGCAAGGCCUGUACAAUCAUUCCACCACCACCAUCCAGGAAGACAAGGAUGACAGCGAAUGAGCCUCUUCCCAGCGCCCCAUCGGUGUGCCAUAGACACUUAACGGGAGCAUUUUUUUUUCUUUCCUUUUUUCCACUUUUGUGAAAAAAGAAGAUACGAAGGGAAAUGGACAGGUGCUAUUUAAAAUCUGAAAUUUCAGUCUGUCGUAUAGCAUAUGGACAAAACUAUAUAAAUUGCGAACAUUAAUAAAAAAAUCUAUAUAUAGCCAGAAAUA